UUUUCUUUCACAGGCCUUUUUCUCUCAAGAGCUAUUCUUUAUUUCCUCUCUCUCUCUCUCUCUCUCUCUCUAUCUCUACUCGUGUGUGUGUCUAUAUAUAUAUAUAUAUAUAUACAGAGUAGUCAUGACGUUUUCUAAAGACGAUGCUCGUACUGCUGUUGGUAUUAUAGGGAAUAUCAUUUCACUCGUAUUGUUUUUGUCCCCAGUGCCAACAUUUUACCGUAUAUGGAAGAAAAAAUCAGUGGAACAGUACUCACCAGUGCCAUACCUGGCCACCUUUGCCAACUGUGGGCUCUGGGUGCUAUAUGGACUGCCCAUGGUACACCCUAAGAGCACCCUGGUUGUGACCAUCAAUGGUACAGGCUUCGUGAUUGAGAUUCUGUAUUUGUCGCUAUUUCUCAUAUUCUCCGACGCCAAAAAGAGGCUGAGGAUUGUGGCGGUCGUGGUAGCGGAGUGCGUAUUCCUGGCGGUUUUGGCCAUCCUCGUGCUGUCGUUAGCCCACACCACCAAGCUCCGGUCGACCAUCGUCGGUAGCAUUUGCAUGGCCGGCAACAUUUUUAUGUAUGCGUCACCGUUAUCGGUCAUGAAAUUGGUGAUCACCACAAGAAGUGUGGAGUAUAUGCCCUUUUCCCUGUCCCUUUUCUCCUUCCUCAAUGGUGUUAGCUGGACUUCUUAUGCUCUCAUUCGUUUCGAUCCCUUCAUCGCUGCUCCAAAUGGGAUGGGAACUGUUCUUGGACUGGCCCAAUUACUAUUGUACGCCACCUUCUAUAGGUCAACUAAGAGAAUAAUGGCUGAGAGAAAAGCCCAAGGAGAAGUGGGCUUGACUGGAAAACCAACAACAACAGACUCAAACAAUAAGAAUGGUGUUUAGGAGAGUUGAAAUAGUCUAGCCCAAAACAAGGCCUGUUUGGUUGGGCCUUUUUUGUUUUCUAGGUUUGACUAUAAAGUUCAGGAAAUCCCUUCUAUCACGUCCAUUUAUUAAAAUAUAUAUAUAUAUUACAAGA